GCACUGUAGAAAGAUUAUACCGGAUAAGUUCGCAUGCGGUCGUUUCCGGAAGAAUUUCAGAGCAAAAGAAGAGGACCUAACAUAAGAAAUGAAUUAGACAAUUUAACUAGCUAGGUAGCUAGCUCAACCGAUGAAAGAACUGUCGUUUUCAUUCCAGUGUAUAUGGUGUUUUCUUACACAUUUUUUGGGGGAUCAACAUUGCGUUUAGAAAUGAUCCCAUCGCUUGCUAGCCCGUACAGCCAUGUCCUCAAAGCCGCUUCAAAGCAGUGCUAUAGCUAGCUAACGUUCCGAUUGGGACUAUAGCUAACGUUAGCUAGCUAGCUAACGCGCUAGCUAGUUUUCACUUACUAAUACACUGUUGGCGUUUUGUCUUCAUCGUAUUUACAUGGACUUUCCUAUUACACCCCACGUAUCUGCAGUAGCAUUAUAUUAUGCUGCGUGAAUUUUAUUUUUUGUAGCUUGCUAACUAACUUUAUUUUGCAUAGUUUUUAACUUUUAAAAAACAAUUACUUCGAGCCUAGCGAGCUAGUUCGCUAACAUUAGCGUCUAGCCCACGACAUUAAUACAAAGGCCGCUGCCAAAACUAUAAUAUUUUACUAUACUUUUUAUAGCUAACUAGUUAGUUAUCUGAAAUACAAUGGCUUCUUCGUCGGGAAACGAUGACGACCUUACCAUUCCCAGGGCAGCUAUCAACAAAAUGAUCAAAGAAACUUUGCCCAACGUACGGGUUGCUAACGAUGCCAGGGAACUUGUUGUGAACUGCUGCACAGAGUUCAUACAUCUAAUUUCAUCUGAGGCAAAUGAAAUAUGUAACAAGUCGGAAAAGAAGACCAUAUCUCCUGAGCAUGUCAUUAAUGCACUGGAAAGCCUAGGUUUUGGGUCAUAUAUAACAGAGGUGAAGGAUGUCUUGCAGGAGUGUAAAACAGUAGCGCUUAAGAGGAGGAAGGCCAGUUCUCGUUUGGAGAACUUGGGUAUCCCAGAGGAAGAGCUCCUCAGACAACAACAGGAACUUUUUGCAAAGGCUCGGCAGCAGCAAGCAGAACUUGCCCAACAGGAGUGGCUCCAGAUGCAACAGGCUGCAGAGCAGGCCCAGUUGGCUGCAGCGACAGCUAGUGCCGGACAGCAGGCCGGCUCCUCCCAGGAUGAGGAUGACGAUGAUGACAUGUAAUGACAUGGAUUUACCCCGGAGUCUGGGCUUGGCCUGGACAACAAAAAGGCAGGGUUGUGUUCAUUAGGGCACAUGGUAGCAAUACAUUUUGCAACGGAUACUGAAAGCAAGUUUUCUUAUUGGAUGGAUAGAUAGAUAGAAGGCUACCAACCUGUUUUUCCCCUUUUUGUCCUUACUGAACGUGACCCAGGUCAUAACCCCUUUGUUUGGACAGUAUCAGCAAGCAGCCCUCUUGCUAAUAUGAAAUGACCUGAGCAGUGUUGAAGUGAGAUGCACAUACCCCUACCAGACAAGUAUCAGGAGCACACUCUUAUAGCUAUGUUCAAGGUGUAUUCAUGUUUUAUUCUUUUUUGUUUUUGACCGCUAUUCCUAGGAAUAAACAUUUGGAUACAAAUAAAUGUAAGCUUCCUUUUACUUUCCCUAAAUAACCUUUGUUUAACUGAAUGGAUGUGUCCCAAAUGUGCAGUUUGGGUGGAGACCCCAGGAGCGCUAAACCCCCUGAGGUUGAGAUGAGACUGCGUUUGUGUGGAGACUUGGGGGCAGUGGGCACUCGUUACUCUUCACACUUCCAAUUGGAAUUUUCACUUUGUAAAAAUGCUUUGCUCUCUUCUUGUCUGAAUCAGUUUUUCCGUGCGUCCCCAAUGGCACUAUUUAUGUAAUGUCCUACAUUUGACCAGGUCGUGUAGUGCAUUAUAGAGGGAAUAGGGUGCCAUUUAGGACGCAUAUGACAUGUUUCUGAAACACUUUAAGGUGUCAUGAAUAUGUAUUUCAACUUGAUUUGUAAAAUAGGAUGCAAAUUCUUUAUUUUUUAGCUCAGUCAUUACAUGGUAUAAGUAGGUUUCUUUUUUCCCCUUCUGUUCACCUGCAGUAUUGCUAACUCCUUAGCUACUUUCACAAUCGUAUUGACUCAUAGAACCAAAGAUAAAGGCUGCGCGCCAAACAGAACUUUAUUCCCUUUAUAGUGCACUACCUUUAGCCAGAGCCCAGUUGACCCUGUUCGGAGGUUAUGCACUUUAUGGAGAAUAGUGUCUGAUUUGGGCGGCAGCCCCAGGAGAACUAAACACCCUGAGUAUGAAAUGAGCCCAGGUUUAUGUUCCAUGUGUGAGGACUUGGGUGCAGUGGGCACUCAGAUUACUGUUCACAGUGCCGAUAGGAACUUUCACUUUGUAAAAAUGCUUUGAUAUCUUGUCUGAAUCUGUUGGUUUAGUUGCGUCCCAAAUGGCACCUUAUUUCCUUUUAUAGUGCACUCUGUCUGUUCUAUAGUGCUGCACUAUGUAGGGAAGAGGGUGUCAGUUCGGGGCACAAAGUUUUCACCAGUGCGGUGUGAAAAUGUUGCAUUGUGAAUGUGUGGUGACUUCUCUAAAAAUGUAAAAAUUGGUAACCUUUAGUUGUGAUACACAUUCACAUGCCUUCUAUAAAGUUGUAUUCUUUAAGCAAUAAAGUCAACAUGUUUUAUAGAGA